AUGGCUUCCCCCGAGGGCGUGCAGCCACGCCAGGAACCCAUGGAGCCGCUGGAGCGCGCGAUAAGCCGCGCCGCCGUGCGCGAAAACUUAGCCCAGGUGAUGGACGUCACUUUGGCCCGCCAUUCACGCAUGGUGAUGUGUAUGGUGGUGAUGCUUUUGACGGGGAUGCUGCUGAUCCUCUUCUGGUCCCAGAUGGUCUUCUCCAGCCAUGAGUUCGACUCGUGUGACCAGCCCUUGGCGCUGAUGAUCAGACUUAUCUUCAUCAUCGUCAUGGUCCAGACCAUGCAGAAGGCAAUUUCUCGACAUUGCCUGUGCUACGAUGCGGUCGAGGACGGCCCUCCUGAGCCACUUCGCGUGCGCGUCUUCCGGGCUCUGGCGAUCUCUGCGGCGGUGCUGUGGCCACUGGUGGCAGGCGUGAUGCUUUUCCGGAGCAAGACCUGCAGCAAGGCACUGACGACGGCGGUGGCAGUGAUCAUCGGAUACUAUGUGGUCAUCGUCACAGUCGUUUUGGUGCUCCCUGCAGUGGCCCUGGCAGUGAUUCUCUGCCUCAUCCGUCGCGGCCACUUGCGGCUUCCCCGUAUGCCGGGUGCAGCGCCCGAGGGAACUGUGGAGAGCCUCCCUGAAGUUGCCUUUGACAGCCAGAGGUUUUGCGAGGAUGGCCGGGGAGAGUUUCCGGCGUCCUGUGCGGUGUGCUUAGAAAGCUUCACCAAUCAGAAGGUGAUUGUACAGAUGCCCUGCAGCCACGUCUUUCACAGAAGCUGUUUGUCUGGCUGGUUCCAGGUGGCGCGAACGUGCCCUUUGUGCCGGGGCGAUGUGGAGCAGGUGAGCGCUGCCUGA